AUGGGCCAACCAACCGUCCGUUCCAAUAUAUUCCAACAAGGCCUCAGCCGUCGCCCGGCCUCAGCAGGACCGCCCAAUGGCAAUAUGUCAUCGGGGAAUAAUCCACUCGCAACUCGCCCUUCGCAUUCGCACAGGCUCAAACCGACCACGACCUCGGACUCUUCCUCUUCUCGCGGCAUCAAAAUGUCAGAGAACAAGGAUAUCGUGGUCAGAGACAAAAACGGCGGCUAUAAACUUGAGGUACCCGCUUUGCCGAAUGGACUGGUUGGUGAGGAUGGUGAAGAGCUGGGUGAACUUGAUCCAGAUGAGUCGGGUGAAAUGGGUCUUGAGGCGACGGGUAUGGGUGGACGUGAUAAAGAAAAAUUUGACGCCGCACUCGUUGAGAUGAUGAUUCGUCAUCGGAAUAGGCAGACUAGUGGUGAACCUGAUGAAAUUUUGGAUAUUGUCCACCAAAGUUUGCGCAAAAAGGCCGCGUCCUUGGAUGAUGAUAGUUGGAUGUUCGAGCCAGAAAAGGACAUUGUGUUCUAA